UGUCGAUGCGGUUCACCUCGGACCACCGCACAUCGGAGUACGGGCCAACGGUGGGCCCCCGGGGGGAGACAGUAAGAAAAUGCAAAGCCAACUCGCGAGCCAGCCCGGCGCUAGAGCUGGGCGAGUGAAAGUGAAAGCGUUGGGCGAGCGUUGCCAAAGCAACGGUCCCAGUUGACGCGCGUGAGAUGGUGUGUGACUUACCUGCGAGACGUGUGAUCGACUUUGUUGUGACAUUCACGCGAACCGAUCUGGUGAUUUUGCAGUACCAAUGUCGAGUACGUGGCCAUCGGGCGGCAGGCGCCGCCCAAGAUUUCGCUCAAGAAGACGCCCCUGGAGAAGAUGUGCCCAUCGCGGGACUCGCCACGGUGCGUUCCGGCGAGCCUGCGGUACCGGACGCACGACGGGACCUGCAACAACGCCCGCCGACCACGCUGGGGUUCGGCCCAGAUGCCCUUCAACCGGUUUCUGGCACCGGAGUAUCAGGACGGCGUCGAGGGCAUACGGCGAUCCGUGACCGGUGCAACGCUUCCGUCGGCCCGGUUCGUCAGUCUGGUCGUGCACGGUUCCCGCGAUGAGGAAGCGCCCGUGACGAUGAUGCUCGCUCUCUGGGGCCAGCUGAUUGACCACGAUCUGACGGCCACGGCACAGCCGCGCAGCAUCAACGGGUCGACGCCGCGGUGCUGCAACGGUGGCGAAGAGAGCACCCACCCGUCCUGUCUGCCGAUCAAGGUGCCGCACGAUGACCCGUGGCUGUCCCAUCUGGGCGUGCGCUGUCUGGAGUUCCUCCGGUCAGCGCCGGCCCAGCGUCGCGACUGUUUGCUGUCGUGGCGUGAGCAAACCAACCAGGCCACCGCCUACCUGGAUGCGUCGCCGAUCUACUCGAGCAACCCGCGAUCGUCCGACAACGCCCGGAUCUUCCGCCAGGGGAUGCUGCUGUUCGGGCGGGGACCACCGCACGAGGACGUGUGCUUCCGGGCGGCGCUCGCCAACCAGUGCAUCCGGCCCGGGGACAGCCGCAGCGGCGAACAGCCCGGGCUGCUGAUGAUGCACAUGGUUUGGGUGAACGAACACAACCAGAUCGCGUCGCGGUUGGCCACGCUCAAUCCGCACUGGAGCGACGAGAAGGUGUACCAGGAGGCACGCCGCAUCGUGGGGGCCCUCUUCCAGCACAUCACGUUCCGGGAGUUUCUCCCGCUGGUGCUGGGCCGGGACGUGUGCCGGCUGUUCGAUCUGGAGCUGGAAACGAGUGGCCACUACCGCGGGUACGAUGCGAACGUCAACCCGACGGUGGCGAACGAGUUCGCGGGCGCCGCUUUCCGCUUCGGCCACUCGCUGAUCCAGCACACGUACAUGCGGGCCGAUCGGCACCACCGGUUCAUCGGCAACAACGUCAGCCUGCACGAGGACACGUCCGAGGGGGACUUCGGGGGCCCCGGUUCGCUGCACCGGCUGUUGCGCGGUAUGGUCAACCAGCGCGCCCUCAAGCGGGACGAGUUCAUCACGCCCGAGCUGACCAACCAUCUGUUUCAGACCAAAAGCUUUCCGUUCGGGCUGGAUCUGGCGGCGAUCAACAUCCAGCGGGGACGCGAUCACGGGCUACCGGCGUACGUGAGCUGGCGUGGCCCGUGCGGACUGUCGUCGAUUCGGGACUGGGACGAUCUGGACCGGAUCAUGGGGUCGGCUUCGACCAGUCGGCUGCGCAAGGCGUACCGGACGGUGGAUGACAUCGAUCUGUUUGUCGGCGGGCUCGCGGAACGUCCGGUGGUCGGCGGUAUCGUUGGCCCCACGUUCGCGUGCAUAAUCGCGCAGCAGUUUAGCAACUUGCGCAAGGGCGAUCGGUUCUGGUACGAGAAUGCCGGAUUCGAGUCGUCGUUCACGCCGGCCCAGCUCGAGUCGAUCCGUCAGGUGGCGUUUGCGCAGGUGCUUUGCCGGGCCCUGGGUGGUGGCGGUUCGCUGCAACCGUUCGUGUUCCUUCCGCCCGACUUUGGCCAGAACGAGCGGCUGGCGUGCGACGCGAGGCUGAUGGCACCGAUCGACUUGGACCCGUGGACCGAACGCGACCCCUUUACGAACACCGACACUGACAGUGAGGACGAGGACGACGACGGGGGGGAACUACCGGAGGGAAACUCUCCCUCAGCGACUGACCUACUCACGGCACAAUCGACCUUCUCCGCCGCCAGCACCACGACGACGUCGACUACACGCCGACCAGUGGCCAACGUCGUAAACAAGGUAGACCUCGUGACGAACGGUAACACGGGACUACAACAGCAGCCACGACCGACCACGAUUACCAAGGGACAACCGGCGACACUGACCGUGGCACCGACCGUGCUCGUGAGCAACAAACUCGACCUAAGCCACCAAUCGACCAACCGACCCUCCGCCGGUGCCACGGCCGUGGACCACAAGCUAGACCUGAAGGGGACGACGAAACCAACAACGCUGGCGGCCACGAAACGGAAACCGACUCGAAAACCGACCACGACCAAGAAACGACCCAGCGCCUCGUUGGUGGUGAGCAACAAUCUUGACUUUUCGGCCACCCGUAGCGCCAACGCCACUCUGACCCCCCAACCGGACACGCGAACACUGAACGGACGCACGAAAAGGGCCGCUAGCCCGGGCGCCCGACACGGAUACGGAGGAUACCAAACGCCACCACCACCGACCGGUUACGGUGACUACGACGAAGACUCGGACUACGACUCGGACUAUGACCCACCGUACCUGGCGUACGGUUACCACCGACCAACGACACCGACUACGACCGCUCAGACUCCGCCACCGUACGGCGGGUACUACAACCCGCACGGAGGCUACUAUACGGCACCACCGACACCUCCUCCACAGCCUCCCUAUCCUUACCUUGACACACGCCGACCGAAUCACGGGACGAGGACGACUCCCCGACGCAGACUGUCCGACAAACUGACACUCAACCACGACCCGCUCACGAAUCAACCUCAAAGACACCGGACUACCUCGCGACCGGACGAGACGCCUAAUAAACCUUUCAAAAAACCUUCCGCCGCUGCGCACUCCUCUGUCUUCUCUGUCGACUUUCGAGCUCUCGCUUCUAACCGCCGCCGGACACUUCACGCUAACCUGCCUUCCGCCGCCAAUGGCACCACUUCUGUCGCUACUCUCCUUUCCGAUCUUCCCUCGAAACUGUCCGAAUCUUUCUCUGUCGACGACUAUGACGACGACCAAGACAAUAGACUCACCCCGACGGACGACAAACUGACCAGCAGCAGCAGCAAGCAAGACUUUGGCGACCACCGACAGGGCCCGGUGCCCGAUGACCACGACGGUUACCUCCGACCCGAGCAGACACACUUUGAACCGCUCGUGCGCCAAACGGCCACCGCACAGACCUACCGAGACUACUGGCACACGGAACGCAGACACUACCGGGACUACUACCCCGACCGGAAUGGACUACAUCACGGGGACGUACCACAGACGCUAGUGCGCUACGCCUCGGCGUACGACAAACCGUUACUACUCGAUGACUACUCGGACAAAUUCGUGGGACUCCUGCGGGACGAGGACGCACUGUUAGCGCCCGACGGGACUAGUGGACCGACAAACCAGCACACGUCGAAGGAACGGUCCGUACGAACGGACGAUACAAAGGACACCAGACAAACGAAGGACAAACGACCGACGAACCACAGACUCAAGGUACCGGGCGGGAAACCGAGUUCCAUCUCGCUCGUACCGUUCGUGCUGCUGACCAACAUUGACCGACCGGACAACUGGGUGAUGUACCACUCGAAGCCGUCCAAGCAUCGGAAGCCACCGGUACCGCUGCUGAAGAGUGACGUCUUUUCGCUGAACGAACUGCCCACACCCAUCGUUGGCCCCGACUAAGGCACGCUGACGCUGACCACAACUUUCGCCC